AUGGAAGCUGUGGCUAUUGAAGGCGUAAAAUUUAUACUGGAGAAGUUGUUUGCUGUAGCUGCUGAAGAAAUCAAUCUUGUGCGUGGUUUCAAGAACGAACUAGCAAACCUAAAAAAAUACUUGGAAAAGGUCAACCAAGUCUUGGAAGAUGCUGAGAAGCGCGAAAUCACUGAGAAGGCUGUUAAAAGCUGGCUCAAGGACCUCAAAGAUGUUGCGUAUGAUGCCGACAAUGUUUUGGACGAGAUCAAAUAUGAAGAUUUGCGUCGUACGAUAGAGAUCCAGGACGAGAUUAAGCCAAAUGGAUGUUUAAACUUCCCUUGCUGUACUACUACCACUCUGACAUUUCAAAGGGAGAUGGCUCACAAAAUCAAAGGCAUAAGUGCCAACUUCAAAAGGAUGAACAACGAAGCUGAUAGCCUUGGCCUCAACAGAGUUAAAGAUUAUCCUCUUGCAAAGCCUCUCGUGAUAGAAACUACCAGCUUCACUGUUGAUCCAAUUGUCAUUGGAAGAGAAACUGAUGAAUCAGAAAUUCUGGAGACGAUAACCAGCUCAAUCAAUAAUGUCCUUUCGGUCCUUCCCAUAGUCGGAAUGGGAGGGCUUGGCAAGACGACUUUAGCACGCAACAUCUUCAAGCACCCUCGUACACAAACCCAUUUUGACAUAAGGAUUUGGGUCUGUGUAUCAGAAAAUUUUGAUCAGCUGAAUCUUUUUAAAAGGAUCCUGGAAUUAUUAUUGAACCAAAAAUUUGAUGGAGAUAGCUUGGAAGCUGUUGUUCAAAAGACUGCAGAGGAAUUAAAAGACAAAAGAUACAUGAUUGUUCUUGAUGAUUUAUGGAAUGAAGAAACACAUGAAUGGAAUGAUUUCAAAAAUACUCUGGUGGGAGUUAGCUCCAAUAAAGGAAAUUUCAUUAUCAUCACCACACGUAAGGAAAAGGUGGUAUCUAUUGUGAACAAUUGCGAUCAACCAUGUCGCUUGAGGUCAUUGACAGAAGGUAAUUGCUGGUCCAUAAUCAGAACAAUGGCAUUUCAAGGUCAAGAAGUACCAGAAAAAUUUGCGAUUACUGGAUUGGAGAUUGCUCGCAAAUGUAGAGGUUUACCUCUAGCAGCAAAUGUGAUUGGAAGAGUUUUGCAAGGAAAGGAAAUAGAAGAGUGGGGCUUAAUUCUACAGUCCGGGCUUUCAAAUCUUGAGGAUGGUGAGAAGGGUGUGUUGCAAGUCUUAAAGGUAAGCUAUGAUCGCUUACUUUCUGCAUCGGUGAAAAAAUGUUUUGUCUAUUGUUCACUAUUUGUCAAGGAUUCGGUCAUGGAUAGAGAAGACUUAAUCCAGCUAUGGAUGGCGGNAAUCCAGCUCUGGAUGGCGGAAGGACUUCUCCCGAAUAACCAAGAAAGGGAGAUGGAGACCACAGGCAAUAAUUUUUUUAAUAUUUUGUUGCAAAAUUUCUUCUUCCAAGAGCCCGAAAAGGACGAGUAUGGCAAUAUCAUAAGCUGCAAGAUGCACGAUCUUGUCCACGAUCUUGCAUGUUCAGUUUCGAAAUCAGAAAUUUUCAUGAAUAUGGAUGGUCGUACUGCUGAUGACAAUCUUCAAGUUAGACACCUUGCAAUAGAAUCAAUUGGAGAGGAAACACGCAAGGACAUGAAAGAGAAAGAAAGUUAUCUCCGCACAUUGUUCUUGAGAAGCAGCCUACCAGAUGAAAUUUUGCCGUACUUCAAGCAUUUGCAUUCUCUAAAGCUAUGUGAAGCAGAUAUUGAAGAAUUGCCAACAUCAAUUGGCACGUUGAAACAUUUGAGAUAUCUUGAUGUGUCCAAAAAUUAUAAUCUCACCACUCUACCAGAAUCUGUUUCCAAGCUCUACAAUUUGCAAACCUUGAGGAAUCUACACAACUUCAGCUUUCGAAGACUUCCUAGAGAUCUGCAAUUCUUGAUUCGCUUAAGGCAUCUCUGUUUUGAUGAUGUUCACGAUGAUUUCGAGAUGCCACCUAAAAUUGGAAGUUUAUCUUGCCUUCAAACAUUACCAUUAUUUUGUGUGAGUGACAAGGAAGGUUGUCGAAUCGAUGAGCUAGGAAAGUUGAAGAAUCUUAAGGGCACACUACAAAUACGGAAUCUGGAAUUGGUGAGCGGCAAAACAGAAGCUGAGCAUGCAGAUAUGGCUGGAAAGCUAAACAUUUAUAAGCUACACUUUCAUUGGAGAUCGUCAACGGAUUCCACAGAAAGUAACAUCAAUGACGAGAGUGUACUUGAAGGGCUGCAACCUCAUGAAAAGCUAAAAAGCCUAAGGAUUCAAGGAUUCCAAGGUAAAGACUUUCCAUUUUGGACUAGAAAUAUGGGAAUAUAUAAAGGCAUCGCUGGCCGUCUGGUGAUAUUUGAUAAAUUGAUCGAGAUCAAAAUUGGUGAUUGUUACAAAUGCGAAGAAAUCCCAAUGCUCGGCCACCUACCACUCCUCAAGUAUCUAAAACUCAAAAAUCUGACAAAUGUAAGAUCGAUAAGACCAUCAUUCUAUGGAGAGAGUGAUUGCAGCUCAACUAGCAGCAACGAUGGCCAAGGAACAAGAGUAUCAUUCCCGUCACUUAAACAUCUUCAAAUAGAAAUACCGAACCUAACAGAGUGGGAAGCAGCACAAACGAGCAGAAUGCAGGUAUUUCCUUGCCUUGAAUAUUUGAUGUUAUAUCAGUGUGAAAAGUUGACUCAUGUUCCCCACCUGCGAGGCAGCGGAGCUUCUCUUAAAGAGAUGAGAAUUUUGUGUUGUGGUGAAUUGAGGGAAUUACCCUAUGACCUAGGCAGCCUCCAGUCUCUUGAGACAUUGCACAUAUCGAAUUGUCGAAAUCUGCAAUCAAUUUUGUAUCAAAAUGGACAAGAAGGCCUCCAUUCCCUUCGGAGCUUGGACAUUCGUGAGUGUAAUGAGUUGAGCAAUCUGCCAAAUGAAAUGCUAGAGUGUAGUAAGUCUCUACAGCGUAUAUCUGUGCAGGGAUGCCCGAAUCUCACUUCGCUUCCUGAAAUGAAUGGGAUGGGAUCCCUACAGAAUCUAAUUGUUAUUCGAUGCAAUAAUCUCACUUCGUUUCCUAAAUUGAGUGGGAUUGGAUUCCUUAACAGCUUAAUAGAAUUGAAGAUUGGGAAAUUCUCAAAUUCAAUGCACUUCAGUUCAUUUCAAGACUUUCUCGACGGUAUCGAACAAAUAAAAUCACUUGAGAAAUUACGGUUGGAAGGUCAAGCAGAUUGGGUCUCUCUACCAGAUCAGCUUCAACAUCUAACUUCCCUGAAAAAAUUGACAAUAUGGGAUUUUGGAAUGGAAGAAUUGCCCAAUUGGUUUGGGAAUUUGUCAUCUCUUGAACAACUAAAUCUACAUAGGUGUAAAAAGCUUAGGCAUCUAGAGUUGACUGGUUGCUGUAAUCUGACAUCAAUUCCUGAAAUGAGUGGGAUGGGAUCUCUACGGCAUCUGAAGGUGUUUGGAUGUGAUAAUCUCACUUCGUUUCCUAAAUUGAGUGGGCUUGGAUGCCUUAAUAGCUUAACAGAAUUGACGACUGGGGAAUUCUCAAAGUUCAAUUCAUUUCAAGAUUUUCUCGACGGUGAAAUUCAACCAAAGAAUAUCGUGAACCAAAGAUUGAGAUUUGUUGUGUCAGUUGCUGAGAGAGAGGUCCUCAUUUUGAGUGGCCAAAGAUUUCUCAUAUUCCUCAUGUAUAGAUAA